UGGAGGCGUGACGUCGCUGCCGGCGGACGGACGGAGCGAGGCGGGGACGGACUGCGGCAGAAGCCGCCACGCAGGAGCCGCCGACCAGCGACCAGCGACCAGCCGCCGACGGACGGCCAUAAUAAUGCGGCACCGGCCGGCCACCGCCGGCGGGCCGGAGCAGGUGUGAGCGCGCCUCCCCGCGGACACGAGCCCCCCCAUCCCCGCACCACCCUCGCCACCACCACAGCAGCUGCAGCAGCAGCUCCAUCCCCGGCCGGAGACAUGCAGGCGGGGCGGGAGGGCAUGUCCUUCCUCACGGUGGAGGACGAGCACCCGUGGGUGCCCACGCACGUCCUGGUCACGGUGCUGCGCGCCCGGGGCUUGCGCUCCAAGGGCAAGCACGGCAGCGACGCGUACGCGCUCAUCCAGCUGGGCCGGGAGAAGUACGCCACCGGCGUGGCGGAGAAGAGCACGGAGCCGGACUGGAGGGAGGAGUGCUCCCUGGAGCUGCCGCCCGGUGCGCUGGACCACCACCCCCCCGGGGGGGUGCAGCACCCCGGGGUGCUGCUGCUCACCGUCAUGCACCGGGCGCUCAUCGGCCAGGACGUGUUCCUGGGCCAGGCGGCCGUCCCGCUGGGGGACGUGUUCCAGGGCGGCCGCUGCCUCAAGAACCAGUGGUACCGGCUCCACUCCAAGACGGGGAAGAAGGAGAAGGAGCGGGGAGACAUCCAGGUCACCAUCCAGUUCACCCGGAACAACCUGACGGCCAGCAUGUACGACCUGGUCAUGAAGGACAAGGGGGCCUCCACCUUCAGCAAGCUGAAGGAGCGCAUCAAGGGCAAGAGGAGAGCCAGCGAGGAGGACGCCGCGGCGGCCAUGGGCCCCGGCGGCUACGGCUCCCUGUACCGACUACGCCAAAGACUGCCCAGCGACGGGGGGGGAGAGGAGGACUACGAGGACGACGAGGGGGGCGAGGCCCGGCGCAGCAAGAUGAGGACCUUCUUCUUCAGAGGGAAGCUGCGGAAGUCCUCGGACACUCGCUCCAGCACCUCGCUGGGCUCGGAGAGCAGCGAGUCCUCGUCCCGGGGGGGCAGCCUCAGCCCCACGGCCGGCAUCAGCGUGGUGGUGUCGGACCUGUCCAACUCCCCCAGUAACAGCAGCAACCUGACGGCAGACAACAGCCCAGAGCACACAGCAAACAUAUCGCCAAAGUCGUCCUCUUACAAAUGUGAGUUUGACGAUGAGGCCGGCGAGAUCACCAUCGCAGUGCCUCAACUCACCGUUUGUGUCAAUGGAAGCCAUUCUUACAGCGUCCAGCCGCUGGACCCGGGCUCAGGAAAACCCGCAGGCUCUUUGGGCCUGGGGCCGUUGCAGAAGUCCUUGCCUCUCUCCGUCUCCCUACAGAACCUCAGCACUCACAGGGCUCACACGGACGUCCCCAAGGGCCCCGCGGGAGACGGCCGCCGCUGGUCCUUCGACAGGGCCGGCGAGGAGGAGAAGGCCGCCAUAGCAGCGGCCCUGGAGAAGAGCGGGCCCCUGCUGGGCGAAGAGGAGGAGCGGCCGGAGGAGGAGGCCACUCAGCCAAAAGAUGCCUCACCGUCUCCCGCCUGCAAGGCGGAGUCGGAGAUCCAGGGGAAAAAGCAGAGGAGGAACUUGUUCUCGCACGGGCGGGGCGACUCUGCGGGGAAGGGUCAGAGUCAGUCCAAGGACGAGUCUCAACACGCCGCGGCGGCUGAGGAGAAGCACCGCGGAUGGUUCGGAUCCAAGGACUCGCACAGCAAGCCCAGUCCCCACCCAGUGAAGCCGCUGACGAACGCCCUGCUGGCCGAGGAGAAGCGGUCCGUGCUGGCCACCGGCCUGGAGAAGCUCAAGUCCACCAUCCACCCGGGGAGGAGCGGCCACAUCAGCGAGCAGGAGGCGGACAAGAGGAAGUCUCUGACAGAAGGCGCGGGCUCGUACUACCACCUGACCCACAGCGAGCUGGUGGCCCUGCUGGUGCAGCGCGAGGCGGAUCUGGACGACCAGAAAUCGGCGUUCGAGCACCAGAAACUGCUGCUGGCCAAGCGCGAGCUGGAGCUGCGGAGGCUGAAGCCGCAGGUCAAGGACCUGGAGGACUACAUCGACACGCUGCUGGUGCGCAUCAUGGAGCAGAAGCCCACCCUCCUGCAAGUGCGCAAGGAACCCUCCAAGCUCAAGUGACGACGGAGAGGAAGGGGUUGCAUCCGCUCACUCUAACCCCCACAACUGCUCUUUAGUCUUUUCACUGCUAUGCCGUCCUUUUUGAUACAAACAUUUAGGCACCGAGAGGUGUCAAGGCGACGUUUUCCAGUCUUGACUGUCCCUGAAGAGCGUUCCUCGGUGGCAGGUUUGGUUCGAGCGGUUCCGAAUGUAGCGCAUCCUCAGGUUGUUUUCAGGUUCACACAGUCAGGUGGCGGUUUGCAAACCCCGGAGAUGCUUCCAGUUUGAGGUCCUACUAGAAACAUUGAGUCCUUAUUUUCACUUCACAGAUCACUUUAACACCUUGUCACAGCAAAGAGGAGCUGGUAGGGUUUCUAUCUACAGCAGUCUUUAUCAAGCCCAGCUGCUAAUGGCACCUUCACGAUGUGAUAUCAGAUCAGAACCCAAAGGUAUUACAUGUGCUGUAUUUGAGUUCCCACACCGUCUCUCCGACUGAUGGAGCUCCUCAUUAUGGUUUUGUGGUUGUUUCUCCUCCGAUAGACCUGUCGCUCAUCCAAUUCUGCAGAGUCUGUCCCACGAAACAUGUCAAAGGUUAGAAUAACAGCUGUCUUUUAAAGACAGAUGUCCUGAUUAUUGGCUCUUUACAGUGUCAGCUUUUGGUACAUGUGGGCCGACGUUAAAAGGGAAGCUUCCCCCACAAGUGCUGCGUUGCACAACGAGGACAAACCAUUAAGAAAUCGGUGUUUCCUGCAAGCCGAGGCUUGACAGAGAUAAUCCUACAGGGCGGCACUGCCCGGCGCGAGUUAAACCGAUCCAGAACCCGGACCAGCGGGAGGUGAAUCCUGGUUCAGCGGGAGAAAGCUGCAAACCUGCUCGGUGUCACUUUCCCCAGUUGCUUUUAAGACUGUUUUGGAUUGAAACUCCACAAAAACUCCUUGAUAAAUGCGCUCCGACUAGUUCUCCAAAACUGCAAACCAAAUGAGAAGCGUGAGAGUUCGGGCAUGUCACGUGCACAUCACUGGAAACUGAUUGUAGCUUACGAAUGUUCAAAAGUGUUCUUAGCCAACAAGUGAAUGGGUUUUAUUCUCCACACGAGAUAAGUGCUGUUUAUCUUUCGCCUGCUUCUUCUUCCCCCCCCUUUUUCUCCUUCUUUUCUUGGGCACAUCUUGAAAUCCCCCCACAAUGCUCAGCCACAUAAGCUAACUGAUUCUCAUCUGGGUCACGGCGUUAUCAGGUGAAGACAGUAUCGCUGGGUAUGGAGAUCGGGGCGCCGCAGCUUCUCUGAUUCCUGCGACGUGCCGGUACUUGACCCCCCCACCCCCCACCCCCACCUCGGUGUUCCUGCGUCACAUCCGCUUCUGCUUCCGCACGCAUUACGCUUCCAGGUGUUGCAAAGGGACGUAUACCGCGUUUUACAGCAUAUAUGCCGUAUUGAAAUGCCAAACGCUGCCUUAUUUUUUUGUUCUGUUUCCAUGUCCGUUGAGAAUUCUAGCGCUUCAUUUGAGUUGUCGGGGGCAGGUUCUGAAAGAGCAAAGCCAUCUGUUCACUGAAGGUUGUGUUUUUUUUAUCGGUUCGAUGCUUUUUAUAAUAUUGUUUAGAUCACUGCACAGUAAUAAAUUGUAUACAUACCAAUAAAAAAAUGAGUAAUAUCAGUGAUUUUACUGUGAAAUAAAAGAAGAAAAGAAAAAAAAAAA